CAGGCCACUCAGACGGCUUGGUUCCCCCCUCAGGCUCUGGACCUCGUGUGUGUGUGUGUGUGUGUGUGUACCUGAACACAUCUUCAGAAUGACCCGCUGGGCCCUGGUUGCUCCCCUCCUGCUGGGCCUGUUCAUCCACAGCGCGGUGGUCUGUCAAGAGGCCGAGGACCCCGCCGCUGCACCCCCACCACAGGCCUCCGAUGGCACACAGGCGGAGGACGAGAACGCAGAGUGGGGGAUGAACUCCCUCAGAGACGGCUUCGAGUCGGUCGGCGGAUACUUUGACUCGGUGCUGGAGUUCAUGGGCGGGCGGGACGGAGUGUGCCAAUACCACUGUCGAUACGGGAAGGAUCCUCUUCCUCGGACCGGCUACGAGAUGCCGGAGCCCAACGGAUGCAGCUCCUACUUCUUCGGUCUUCCCGUCCCAGAGGGGAUGGACAUGGGCAUCCCGGCCAUGACCAAGUGCUGCAACCAGCUGGACAUGUGCUACGACACCUGCGGCUCCAACAAGUACCGCUGCGACUCCAAGUUCCGCUGGUGCCUCCACAGCAUCUGCUCCGACCUCAAGAAGAGCCUCGGCUUCGUGUCCAAGGUCGAAGCCUGUGAGACGGUGGCCGACACCCUGUUCAACACGGUGUGGACUCUGGGCUGCAGGCCCUACAUGAACGGCCAGCGGGCGUCCUGCGUCUGUCCCGGAGAGGAGAAAGACGAACUGUGACGCCUCAGAACUCUUUUAUUUAUACGACUCCGCCCGGGUCGUCUAGAAGUCACCGCUCGGCUUUUGUUCCUUUACUUUGCAUUAAAAUGUAGAUUUUAUCCUUCAAAGUUCACGUUUUGUUGCAACUAGACACAUCUGUACGUGUUUAUUCGUCAUUAAUUAAUAAAACUGUUGUGUUGUGAACUCAUCGUAACACCUUGA